AUGGACCCCGUCACCAUAGUCGGCAUGAUCUCGGGCAUUAUCACGUUCAUCGACUUCGGCAUCAAGGCUACCAGAGCGGCGGCGUCGGCUCGACAGGGUGUCGAUGUCGUCGUCCCGAAUCUGGGAGGGCUAGACCACAUUCUCGGCGAUAUCAGGCGCAAAAGUGACCAAGCCUCCAAGGACCUAUCAGCCACCGAGCAGUGGAAGAAUCUAUCGUCGCUUAUCUCCGAAUCCGAGAAGCUGCACACUAAGCUGCAUGCGGCGGUUCUGAAGUUGGAAGUACCAAGUGGGCCAGGUUCAGGGGCUGGGAAGGAGCCCGGAUCGCGUCAACGGCACAGUUCAGGAAAGGGGAUAUCGGCAAGCUCGGGGGUCGUCUGGAGUCCAUGGAUAGCCGCAUAAGACACGUCAGUGCCAUAUCGCAAGCGUGAGUAGCAAACCCGGCAGUGAGACCUGUUCCUUAAUUUCCUGAAGUCCAACAAGUGUCGAAUGC